CGCCAAAAGGCUACAAGAUUCAUUUGGAUUUCAAAAACAACUUUAUCCUCGAAGAAUCUCCGGAGUGUAACUACGAUUAUCUGGAAAUCCGAGACGGUCCAUUCGGAUAUUCCCCGCUGCUAAAACGUCACUGUGGUCGAGAUUUCCCACCAUUUUAUUUAUCUUCUUCUCGCUACCUCUGGCUCCGCUUCAAAACGGAUGACAAUGUACACAAGAAAGGAUUCCAUGCUACAUAUUCAUAUCAGAAAGACGAAAGCAGCAAAUUCAGCAAAGACCCACGGAAAGCCGUCUGCCGUAUUUUUAUCAAUGCCAAAACUAAUGAUGGGAUAAUUUCCGAAGAAGAUAUUCCUACAUCGGUUAUGAGCAUCAUUAAAAGAUCGAGAACCAAAGUGCCGAUUGAUUGCACGUGGGAGAUACGCGCUCCUCCUGACAGUCACGUGCAGCUAUCUCCAGUAUCAAUCGAAUUAACAAGAUCCGGAGAGUGUAAUCUCAACUACAUGAGUUUUUAUAAGCCUACAACCAUUCUAGAAGCAAUGUCUGCGAAAUAUUGUGACGGUAGAAAAGUGGUGCCGGUAUCUUCGGAUAGAAACCGUAUUUUCCUGAGAGUUUUUAGUAAGACUAUAUAUUUGAUGCCGAAAUUCAAAUUUUUAUAUACUGUCUUUAGAAAUGGUGAAUGUUCUGAAAACGAAUUUUCAUGCGACGAGAGAUGUCUUCACAAAUCUCUUAAGUGUAAUAAAAACGUCAACUGCAAAGAUUCGACUGACGAAAACAGUUGUAAUUCCCCAUCAGGUAGGUUCCAUUCACUUUUCUAAU